AGUACUCCGAUCCAACUUCCGGUGGUACUUCCUCCCGCCAAGUUCGAAGAUGGAAAAGCGUAUCGUUUGAGUUGUAACCAUAAUAACUAGAUAAUUCAAGAUGACGGAAGUUGAAAAUGAAUCUCUGGUCCUUAAACCUUUCGACAAAUUACCGUUACUUCAUACAGCAACGAUUUUGCUGAUUGGGAGUGAGGGUGUGGGCAAACAUGACCUGGCAAAGAGUAUUGUUGGAAUAGAUACUGACGUGUCCUACCAAGUACGUACAACUGUGCGCCUACCUCUUCCAUCCAUUAAGGAGACAUCCAGACCACGCAUCGACUUUGUCUGUUUCAUUGUUGAUCUAACUAACAAGGAAAGUUUCAACAAUAUUGAAGAAUCAUUGAAAUACAUUGAUGGACGCUACUUUCUGGGGAGAGCAUGCUUUGUUGCUCUUAAAGUGAAAAACAAUGCUUCACGAUGCGUUCAUCUCGAGGUUCUUACCAGCCUCGCAGAUCACUGUGGGGUCCCCAUUCUGUACGGAGGAUUGGAGACGGAUGCAGAGAGCAUGACAUUAGCCCGUCAAAUUCUGACCAUGACGGAGAUUGCUGCAGGAUUUAAGAAAAAUGUCUCGCCAGCUCUUAUAGACGCUACAAAGAUUGCUUUCAAUCUUUUAUAAAAUAUUUCAAAAAGAGGAUUUUAAAAGGACACUUCAAUCUAACCGUACGUGAAAUGUACGCUUAAUAGUUGAUGCAGGUUCAUAAGUGUUAAAUUGAUGUGAUUGUGUGUUUCUGGAGUCUGUACUGCAAACAAUACGAAGUAGUGUGUUGACAUAAGUCAGCUACAAUUGUGUGCAAGUGAUGAAGAAUUGACAUCUUAAAAUGAGUUACAAAUAUGUGAAAAGGAUUCAAAAGAUACAUAUAUACCGUAUACAAAUGUAUAUGCAAACAUUAAAAAGACAAUAGAAAGAACAAGACAAUUCAUGUUUAUCCCUAAAAUGAUAAUAUGUUUCCUGUAUGUAAAUAUUGUAAAGUGCAAUACCAGAGUAGUUUAUUAAUGAUAUUCAUUAAUUGUACAUACAAACUGUAUUAAAUUUAAUGAAAUUGA